CCACAGUUUGUAUAUAAAGGUAUAAAACUAUAAGGUGCUCGACCUGUUUUAAGUUUCGAAAUUAUUUGAUAUUCUUCUGGUUGGGAUGGAAAAUCCCGGAUACGCGACAGACGACAAAGCUACGUUGCCUAGCUACGAGGAGCUUCCUGAGCAGACAGGAGGUUUCCACCAGCCCCCAGGCCCCUACCCUCAGUCAGUAACAGUGCCGCCCAUCGGUCCUGAUGAGUUACCUCCCCCAUAUACUCCACCUGGGGCCUCACUAUCAAUCAACUGCAAAGUUUGCCAGAAUAUUGUUCCCAUAGAUGGCAAACAGAACCAGAAUGUUGUAAAAUGCAAUUUCUGCAACGAGGCUACACCUAUCAGAGCGCCACCCCCUGGUAAGAAGUAUGUCCGCUGCCCAUGCAACUGUCUCCUAAUAUGUCGAGCAACGGCUGUGAAGAUUGCAUGUCCACGAGCAAACUGCAAGCGCAUAAUAACACUGGGAGGGUCGGGGGGUCUGGCGAAUGUCAUAGUGCGACCUCCAAACACUAACAGAGUGCAGUGUGUUCACUGCGGGGAAGUGUUCUUGUUUGCACUACAGAGUACAGCACUCGCGAGGUGUACAUGUUGUCGCAGAGUGUCAUCUGUGGACCCAUCUUAUAUUCGCAUGAGAGUGGGGAUGUACCUUCUGUUAGGGUUGAUAUUCCUGGGAGCAGGGGUCGGAGUGACGGUUGGAACUAUGGAGUUGGCUGCUCGGUCUGGGGGAAUUUAUACUGUCUGGAUUGGUGCAUUUGUGAUUGGAGUGUUGUUCCUCAUUCGGGCGCUGUUUGUGGGCAGCAUCCGUACCAGCACUGUACUAGGGCCUGCAUAACAAAGACAAACAGCGACUUGUAACAGUGAGUUCUAACAGCCCAACUAAAACAACCGAGUUGUAACUAUGAAGUCCAUAAGAUUCUGGUACAAAAAAUCAAAAAAAUCUUGUCAUUUUACACUUUGUUGUUCAUAUUAUUGUUAUAUCCUGUAAUGCUUUGAGCUUCUUUGUGCCACUGGUCCAGAAAAGACUGUUUGUACUUUUUUAUGUAAGACUUUCUUAUGAUUGUUACUAAUGUAUAGACUAUGUGGUUAUUGUUACUUAUUCAUGAACUGUAUUGUCAGUGUUACUGAUGUUGUGCUUAUAGAAAUGAAUGAGAUUAUUCUGUGAUUUACCUAAGGCUAACAUACACUAAUUUAUUAUAUACGCUGUAGAUUUUCUUGUCCAAAGAGUUGAUUUUUCCAUUGAGUUGGAGAUUUUGUUCUUUGUAGUUUGUAAAGAUCGGUGUAGUUUUACAUGAUUUAAAUAUGUGCUACCCAGAUUUUACCCUUGAUUAUUUGACAUUUAUAAAAUAUCGGAAUAAAAUGUUUUCCAAUAUUUUUGCAUAAUAGAUUUGAAUUUCUUGUGAUGGUAAAUUCAGACUUUUGAAUUAUCAAUCAGCUUUAUGACAUCUGCAUUUACCUCAGAUUCAUUUGAUAGCCUUCACUUAUUAAUUAAAAUUAAAAACUUAACCAAAUUCUAUUUGUUUGUCCAGCUAGCUCUGUUGGUAGAGCGCUGGAUAACAAAUCUGAGGAUCAAGUUACCCGAAUUUAGAUUGCACGUGUCAACUGCACUAAAAUGUUGAAAAAAGUUGUGUCAAAAAUCACUCAUGCCACGUCCCUAAUAAUUUGGUAUGAUGUUUAAAUAUCUUGUAGACUAUAUAUCAAACAUUAUUAACUAAUAUUUAUACCUGAUUAUUUUUUCAAAAAUAAUGAGAACUCAACGUUUUCCAUCUGAUGUAUAUUGUUUAAAAAAAAAUAUUAUAAAUUUAUAAGAAAUUAAAUAAAUUAUAUUAUCAAUAAAAUAUAAACUUAUUUAACUUAUUAAAGGAAUACUCUAAAAAUCAUGUUCAAAAUAAACAUCUGUAAUGUACAUGUAGGUGCGGAUUUAAAUAUUUUUGUCUUGAUAUAUGUAAAGUUUAAGUGUUUUUCAUCUAUAUGUAUGUACCAGGCUGCAAGCUGUAUGCCAACGAUGACAAGGCAGUGUGUUGAAGAUUGUUUAAAUUGUUCCUUUAAUGCAUUAUGCAAAUUAUAGUUGGUUUUACAGUCCAUUUAAUUAUGUUCUAGCAUUAUGUCCAUAAAAUAGUGUCUGUAAACAUUUAUUUUGUGAUAACUUUGUGUUAUAUGUGUUUUGUAUAUUGAAUCCAUGAAUAUGAAGCAAUGCAUUCAUGAUUGACACCAAAAUAAUUCUGAACUUCAACAAUUUAAUUGAUGCAAAUCAAUAUAAUUUAUCAUUUAGUUAAACACAUUUUAAUUUUUUUACUAAAAUUUUAAAAGAAAAGUUAAUAAGCAAAAGUUAUAGAAAUAUAUUUGUUUAGAGUGCAUUGUUGAGAACCUGAUCCAGAAUUAUUUUAUAUUGUGUGAUACAUACUUCUUCCAUUCCUCCAUGCAAACUUAUUAACACGUCUUAUAGUGUCGAGCUGUUUAACUGCAUUUAAGAAAUUUCAUAUGUUCUGUUAAAAUUGUUAAUAUUUCACUAUUUAUUUUAAGUUAUUUGAAUUGUGGUGGACACCUACAAAAUUGUUUAUUUUUGUUGAUACCGGUAAAUAGUAUUCUUUGCGUACUUGUUUUAUUAUAUCCAUGUUAUAUUUUUGUGCACAGUUUAUUUUUAAUGGUAAAUGUUCAACAUGUGCUAUUGCUAAAUAUGAGUAAAACAUGUACUUAACAUUAAUAACAUGUGCUGAACAUGAGUGCAAUAUGUGCAAAACAUUUGUAAAAGAUGUGCUAGACAUGGGUUUCACAUAUGCUAAGCAUUUAUUCCAUCAAUGCACCUGUAUCGUAAGGUAUAGUAUAGAAUAGUGAAGUAUUUUUGUGAAUUGUAUAAUGUUAUUUGAUUUUUCAUUUUGAGACGUUUUUAACCAGGUUUUCCGAAGGAAAAAACUGGUAAUUAGAUUGGCGAAUGUCGGCGGGUGGGCGGGCUUGUCUGGGCCAUAACUUUGUUGUUCAUAGUGAGAUAUUAAAAUCAUUUGGCACAUUUGUUCACCAUCAUUAGACGGUGUGUUGCGCGAAAGAAUUACAUCAAUAUCUCCAAGGUCAAGGUCGCCACGACUAAAAAUAGAUUGAUUUUGAAACAAGGGGGGUAACUUUGAUCAGUAAAAGUGCACAUUUUGAGUUGGUCUCCCUUUAUCACAUUUUUUUUUCAAAUUUAAAUCAAGGUCGCCAUGAGUAAAAAUAGAUUGAAUCUUACACAAGGGCGGUAACAAUGCACAUUUUGAAUUGUCUCCCUUUAUCAGACUUUUUUUUUCAAAUUGAAAACCUGGUUUUGUGACAAUUUUGUCCCUUGUCUUUUGGUUGAUUUAAAGGGUAGAGCAUGCAAUGAAAGGAUUAAUAAAAAAAACAGGUAGGUUUCAAAUAAAGAUAAUUUUAUUUGUUCAGCAGCAAAACCUGUAGCACUUACCAAGGUCGUGGUUUAGUAUUUGCCUGUCAAAAUAAAUUCUCUGUGUUCAAAACUAAACUAGUAUGCUCAGAGUAUUUUUUUGUAAGUUUUACAUUGUUUAGAAGUCCUUGCGUAAAAAAAUUGACUUAAAUGGUUUAUUAUUAACUGAAAACUGCAUUAUGUUGGUGUUUGAAAUGUCUUAACAGUUUCUGGUCAGUAUUUAAUAAAAAUGGUAACGUUAAUUUGAGACAUACACAGAAGUUGCAAUAAUAUUGAAUUUUUGUAAUGUAGAUACCUUUUUUAAAAGUUGUCUCACAUUAUUUUUAGUGAUUGAGUAUCUGUGUGCAUCAGGAAGACAUGUGUUGUGUUAAAAUUCGGAAGUCUACUUCAGAAAAAGUUUUACAUGUUUUGCUUUGCAGAUAAGUAAUAAUUAUCUAUCCACUUUUCUUGACAUUAAAUGUGCUUGUUGUCCCCUACCAGUUUCACCAGAGGGGACAUAUGCUAAGUUAUGGUUUGCACUCCGUCUGUCAGUCCGUCACACUUUUCUGGAUCCUGUGAUAACUUUAAAAGUUCUUCAUAUUUUUUCAUGAAACGUGAAACAUGGAUAGAUGGCAAUAUGGAGAUUAUGCACGUCAUUUCAUUUUGUUCCUACGUCAAGAAUUCUGGUUGCUAUGGCAACAAAUAGACUAGAAAUACUGCUGAAAAUGGUGGUUUUCUGGAUCCUGUGAUAACUUAAAAAGUUCUUCAUAUUUUUUCAUGAAACUUGAAACAUGGAUAGAUGGCAAUAUAGAGAGUAUGCACGUCAUUUGGUUUUGUUCCUACAUCAAAAAUUCUGGUUGCUAUGGCAACUAAUAUAAAAAACUUCUGAGAAUGGUGGAAUUUCUGACAAUGGUGGAGCAGGUAGGGGACAUAUAUUGCUUGGCAAUAGUCUUGUUUAAUAAUGGCAUUGUCAUUUCUUACAUUGACAAGCCUAUGCUAUUGAAGUGUGUAAAAAUCCUGUUAAAUAAAAUAUAAUUUAUCACUUA